GUACGGACGCAAUGAACAAGAAUGCAUCUGAAUUUUGCCGCGUUCCGUCACAAGCCUGCGUAUUUACCUGCUAAUCAACUUCGCUGUCUACCACUGUUAUUCACUGUGGAAUAACAGGACUUUAAUUUGUUUGUACAUAGAAUGCAAUUUGACAGGUCGUAUAACCUUAGUUAACUGUGGUAAUGGAAGAGAAGAAUAUUAUAAGUGUUGAAAACGUUAAAAAUGUUGAAAAUAUUGACAAUCCAAAGAAUAAUAAGAAAGUGGAAACCAAAGAUUCCACCGUAGAAAUAAAAGAAUCGGAUUUACAAGCAGAAAAAAUAGAAGAGAAAGAAAAAGCACAAGUGAAUUUGGAGGUCCUUGAAGAUGCAGAGGCUUCUCAGCAACCGGUUUAUCAAAUACGCCCACAACUACACGAGAAGUUUAAACCGUUAAGUGCUAAAGAAGUUAUACAUAAUGUGUUGUUCGAUCAACUUUCCACAAAAACAUAUGAUGCUCAGGAAGCUGUUCAGUGGACUAAAGAUAUAGCUGAUAUAAUUAGAGAGAAAGUUAAAGAAUUGAAAUUCAAACGUUACAAAUAUCUUGUAAAUGUGGUUUUGGGUGAACAGCAUGGUGCUGGGGUAAAAAUGGGUACAAGGUGUAUUUGGGAUGCAGAGGCCGAUACAUAUGCUUAUGAUAGUUUUGUAAAUGAUACAAUAUUCUGCGUGGCCACUGUGUACGCUGUAUAUUAUUAUUAGAAAAAUAUUGUUUCACCCAAUUUGCUAUAACAGUUUAGUAAUUAGAAGGUGUAUUUUAAAAUGUCAUGAAUGGAGGAAAAAUAAAUGUGUGAUCAUACUUCUAGGAGGAGCAGACACUUUAUUAAAGUAGAAGCUACUAUUAUUAGUUGUUAACAAGUGAUUCAACAUGGCACGAUUUUUAUACAUCAUUAAAGAUAGUAUUUGUAUGUACACAUACCUAUGUUUUUAACGAAAGUGCAUAAUUUUUCUAUGCCUCUCGUACACUACAAUUAUUA